AAAAUAAUUUGAUUUUAAAAUUAAAAAAAAAAUAUAAAUCAUAAUUAAAAUCAAAGAUGAUAAUAAAUAUAAUAUUAUUUUCUCUAAUAAUUUUCAUUAUAUUUAUUUUAACAAAACUUAUUUUUAUUCCUUACUUAAGAUUCUGCAAUUAUGUAAAAUUUGGAAAAGGCAAUUUUUAUCCAAUAUUAGGUGUUUUAGCUGUAAUAUAAAAGAUAAUUCAAGUAUACAAAGAUAUAUACUAUUAUUUUAAACAUGUACAUGAUGAUGGAAAAAAUAGUCGAAUAUAUGUCCAAAAUUAUUUUUCAAAAAUAACUAUAGGAAUAACAGACACAAAUUUAUUGAAAGCCUUUAUAAGUGUCGAGGAUAAAUAUUAUGAAAAAGAUCCUUAUUUUACAAAAGCCUUAAAAAGAUUAAUGGGUGACGGUAUCCUUUUUUCGAAAGGAUAAAAAUGGAAAAAUAAUAGAACGGCAAUGUCAGCAAUUUUCCAUUUUGAUUCCUUAUAAUAAAGAAUAAUGACAAUUGAAAACUUAACAAAAAAACAUUUUUGAACUUAAUAAGAUAAAAUAAAUUUGAAAAUGUUGAUUUAAUUGAUCUUUUUUAAGAAAUUACAGCAGAAGUUGUUGUUUAAUAUUUUUUUAGUAAUAAUUUUGAAGAAAAAAGAUUCUACGGAAUGACUCUUACAUAAUCUCUUUCUUAUUUAGUUAGUAAUUUAGGUUCUU